AUGAAAUAAAGACCUACAACUGCCAAAGUUCCAGUAACCAUAGAUACCAAGGAUAUCCAUCAACUAUAUGAGCUUGAUAGUAAUUCACUUUGUCUCCAACUAGGUCGUUAAUAUUAAUUAAUUGGUAGUAAUCUAUCGCAUUUCAUCAUUUUGAACGAAUUGGGCAAGGGUUCCUUUGGCGUUGUCUAUAAGGUCAAGUCCACCUAUGAUGGCCUCAUCUACGUCCUAAAGAAGAUCAACCUCACUCAUCUCAAGCCAAAAUAACAAGGUAUUACUAUUUCAGAUUUCUAAGCCGAAGCGCUGAAGGAAGCAUAACUUCUACGUACUCUCAAACAUCCAAAUAUCAUAAGCUAUUAUGUGAGUUUCAUUGAAUAGGACAAUCUUUGCAUAGUAAUGGAAUAUGCUGAAGGAGGAGAUCUCUAGAAAGUACAUAACACUCUAAAAUAGUUACUCAAAGAUUACAAGGAAAAAAGAAAAUGCUUGAAAGAACCUACUAUUUGGGAAAUGAGUAGAGAAUUGACUCAAGCCAUAUAACAUUUGCAUGAAAGCAAUAUCAUUCAUAGGGACAUUAAGACUCUUAAUGUGUUCCUUACCAAAGACAAGCAUGUUAAAUUGGGUGAUUUGGGAGUUUCUAAAAUAUUCAAUUCUGAAACUGCCUUAGAUGGUACACGUGUUGGCACUCCUCUAUAUCUUGCCCCAGAGCUGGUCCAACAUCAACCUUAUGACUACAAAGUGGACAUUUGGGCCCUGGGUUGUAUUGUCUUUUAGUUGGCUACUCUGGAACCACCAUUUUAAGGUGAAAAUCUAAUCACUUUGGGGUAUAGCAUCGUCAACCAUUCACCCAAACCUUUGCCAUCACAAUAUUCGAUUUGUAAAUUUCUUAAACAUACUUUAAGAAUUAUCCUAAUUCAUUUCUAAAUUAUUAGAGAAAAUUCCAGCAUUAAGACCUAGUAUAUAAUAAAUUAAUAGUCAAUACUUUGAAAAGAAAUGCUCCGAAUCAAAAACCUCAUAGUAUUAAAUAUAAAUAAAAAAGCCAAAUUGAAGAUCGUACUUCAUCUAAUCCAAAUCAAAAUUAGCAUCAUUAUCAGAGACCUUAAACAGGCAAUCUUAACAAAUAACUUGCUCCAUCUAUAGAAAUUGAUAAAGUCAAUAAAAUUAAAUAAUCAAUUUUAUUAGUUGAAGGCAACUUGGAUCAUAUUCUAAAUGGUGAGUCGAAUUCAAAAGUUUAUAAAUAGAUUGAAGCUGAUAAAAUUAUAAAAGCAUAGCAAUAUUAAUAGAUGAUGAGAGAGUAAUCAGAAAAACUGGAAAAAGAGAAAUUGGAAAAAGAAAGAUUAGAUAAGUAAAGAGAGGAGAGAAUGGAAAACGAGAAAUAACUCAGAUUGGAAAAACAACUAUCCUCUUAACAAAAAGAGAAGUCAAAUAGAUUAGAUAGGUUAAUCUAAUAGAAUUAAAUUCAACUUGAUUCUAAUCACAAUGAAUACCAAUUACAAAAACCAAUAUAAAAAAUACAAAAUAAUAAAGUCAAUCUUUACAUUGAAGAUUUUGAUAAUAAGUAAUCUUGUGAUGAUUAAAAGAGUGCAUUCUCAGCAGAAAAACAUCUUUAAAUUAAAUUCAAAUACCAAAAGCCCAUCAAUACAUAUCAAUCUAAUAUUUAAAUUAGACCCUUAUCUGCAUAAGCAAGAAGUUCCUUUGUUAAUAUUUCUUCCAAAUCAAAAUUAAUUCCAGUCUUGCAUCACAAUUAAUCAGCCCAAGAAACUAAGAAGUUUACAGUACUAGAUUUGAAUCCAGAUUUGAAUGAACAUUCCUUUCAUCAAGAAAUACCUAAAUCCUAACCAUCCUUAAUUAUAUAACCUGAUACAAACGAAUACUAACACAUCAAUAAUAAAGAGAUUUCACUCAAUAAAGCAAAAGAGAAUAUACGUAUCAAAAGUGUAUUUACUUUACAAAAAACAAAUAAACCAUUUUAAAAUAAAUCCUAAGAACAGACUAAUAAAAUUAUAAAGCAUUACACCUUAAAAGAUUUGGAAGAGUGA